CGGAAUCGCCGGUACAUAAUCUGAGCCGGUAUACAAGACUUACAAGUUUUCUGUUUACAUUUUAUGAACUGUACUAAUUUCUAAUUAUGUGUACUUCUCUUAGAACCGCCCUUUUAAAUAGUAGUUUAUAUAACUUAAAAUAAUGCUAAACGAGAAGUCGUUCUUCCAGUGUUAAGUGAGUGAGGAAAAUUGUGCACACAGCUCAUGAUGACGCCAGAUCCAGUUAUCGAGUUUCUCAAACAGUCGCUGCCCUGUCGCGAUUCUCAAAUCGAUCAACUCUACAAUCUCCUAGCUCACAAAGAUCAUCUCACACCCCCAUGCAUUUACGUCUAUGGAGGUGCUAGUACUGGAAAAACUACCCUGGUCACCUCAAUGCUCCAAAAACUUGAAAUCAAACACGCUAUAGUUAACCUCGUCGAAUGCUACACAUCAAAGAUCCUAUUCGAAAGUAUUUUGAACAAGCUUUCCGAUCACAAGCUUGAUCCUACAAAUCCUGUACCUUACGCCAGGUGUGACAAUCUUAUUGACUUCAUAUCCCACUUACAAGCUAUCGAAGGUUUAGAUAGAUCAGUUAUAGUACUGGAUAAAGCCGAAGAAUUGCGAAACAUGGAAGUUAACCUUCUACCAGGAAUUCUGAGGAUCAGAGAACUAACUAACCUAAAGAUAACAAUAAUUCUCAUAUCAGAUAUUGUGUUUGAAAAAUACUACAACAAGUCAACGAAUAUAGAGCCAUUGAAAGUAUAUUUUCCACAAUAUAACAAAGAUGAUUUGUUGGAGAUUCUCACUCUGGAUCUCGAUUACGUCAGAAAAUUGGCGGAAGAAACUUCUGUCGACUUCGAUGUUGAGUUUUAUAAAAACUACUUGAAUCUGUUUCUAUCGGUGUUCUAUAGAGCAUGUAGAGACUUAUGUGAACUUAGGCACAUGUCCAGAUCUAAUUUUAUGAAAUAUAUCCAACCAGUUGUUCAAAAACAGUGCAGUGUUACUGACUCUAUGUCUUUGUGGAGAAACAUCUCGCCCAUCUUGAAAAACUCUCUUGAAGUUCUCUACCUGAGAGUAGAUGUUACAAGUGAGCAAAUGAAGAGUGCAGCUCAUAGCUUAGAGCUACCAUAUUACGCUAAAUACCUUUUGGUAGCGGCAUAUCUUGCAAGCUACAAUUCUGCCAAAGAUGACAAAAAGUUGUUUGUUAGAGAUGCUGGUAGGAAGUCAAGAAGUGUUAGAGAUGUUAAGACAAAAAGUAAAGUUUCUGAACAACUAAAUACUCAACUUGGACCAAAACCGUUUACAUUUGAUAGAUUACUUGCAAUUUUUUACGCAAUUCUCGAAGAAAAAGUUGGCUUUAACAACAAUUUGUUGGCUCAAGUGUCCAGUUUAGUAGAGUUGAGAUUGUUGUCAACUAUUGGGGAUGGAACGUCACUUGAUGGGCAAAAGUAUAAAUGCAAUGUUAGCUUUGAUUUUGUUCAUAGUAUUGCUAAGACUAUUGGGUUCAAUAUAAGAAAGUAUCUGAGCGACUUUAGCCAUCUGUAGUGGAAUGAUUCAAGUCGUUUAAUGUAACUUUUACCACCAUUAGUAUUUAUAUUUAUUAUAAAUUGAAUUAUACAGACAUUUACCAUUUAUUUCUGAGUAAUGCGUUACCUCCACCUUGUUUUAAAUCAUAUACUUCGAAUAUCAGGUUUUCGUAAGCACAUCAUAUGUGAUGUUCCAAAUAAAAUUAAUUGAUUGACCUUUUUUGUAUUCUAAUAAAGAAG